AUGGUGAGCCCGGGGCGGCCGCUCCCCGCGGGGACCUGGCGGGCGGCCUCGCUGCUCCGCCCCAGCCUCCUCCUCCUCCUCCUCCUCUCGCUGCUGCUGCGGGGCACCGAGGCGCAGAAAGGUGAUGGGUGUGGACAUACCGUGCUGGGCCCUGAGAGCGGGACCCUGGCCUCCAUAAACUACCCCCGGACCUCUCCCAAUAGCACCGUGUGCGAGUGGGAAAUCCGUGUGAAGCCUGGGCAGCGAGUGCAGCUCAAGUUUGGUGAUUUUGAUAUUGAUGACUCAGAUUCCUGUCAUUCCAGUUACCUGAGAGUUCACAAUGGAAUUGGCCCCAACAGAACAGAGAUAGGAAAAUACUGUGGGUUUGGCUUUCAAAUGGAUGGUUUAAUUACUUCAAAAAGUAAUGAAGUCACAGUACAGUUCAUGAGUGGAAUUCACAUUUCUGGGCGUGGAUUUCUUGCAGCUUAUUCAACCACUGACAAAUCAGACUUAAUUACCUGUUCAGACAAUGCAAGUCACUUUUCCGAACCGGAAUUCAAUAAGUAUUGUCCAGCUGGAUGUGUGAUUCCUUUUGCUGAUAUUUCAGGCACUAUCCCUCAUGGAUACAGAGAUUCAUCAUCACUUUGUAUGGCUGGCGUUCACGCAGGCGUCGUGUCAAAUACGCUGGGUGGUCAAAUUAAUGUUGUAAUCAGCAAGGGUAUUCCAUACUAUGAAAGCUCCUUGGCUAACAAUGUCACUUCAAAAGUGGGACCCUUAUCUACAAGUCUCUUCACCUUUAAGACGAGUGGUUGCUAUGGGACACUGGGGAUGGAAUCUGGGGUGAUUCCUGAUUCCCACAUCACAUCAUCAUCUGUUCUUGAGUGGCAUAACCAAACAGGACAAGUAAACAUUUGGAAACCUGAAAAUGCCAGACUGAAAAGGAUUGGACCUCCUUGGGCUGCUUUUAUCAGUGAUGAACAUCAGUGGUUGCAGAUUGACUUGAAUAAGGAAAAGAAAAUAACAGGUAUUAUAACUACUGGAUCAACUUUAGCAGAGCACUACUAUUAUGUCUCAGCCUACAGAAUUUUAUACAGUGAUGAUGCACAGAAGUGGACAGUGUACAGAGAACCUGGCAUGGGUAAAGAUAAGAUAUUUCAAGGGAAUACUGAAUUGUACCAGGAAGUUCGCAAUAAUUUCAUUCCACCUAUUAUUGCACGGUUUUUUAGGAUUAACCCCUUAAAAUGGCACCAGAAAAUUGCAAUGAAAGUAGAGUUGCUAGGAUGUCAGUUUAGUAUAGGUCGUGCUCCUAAAAUCACCUUGCCACCAUCACCACCUCAGAACAAGAAUGACAAGAAGAAUCCUGACUUCAUGGAUGACUUCAUUCAUUCAAUGAAGACUUCACUGCAGACAGAUAAAAUAACUUUCACACCUGAAAUAAAAAACACUACAGUGACUCCAAGUGUAACCAAAGAUGUGGCAUUGGCAGCAGUUCUGGUUCCAGUGCUGGUGAUGGUCUUCACUACUCUGAUUCUUAUCUUAGUUUGUGCGUGGCAUUGGAGAAACCGCAGGAAAAAAACUGAGGGUACAUAUGAUCUACCUUACUGGGAUCGUGCAGGAUGGUGGAAAGGGAUGAAGCAGUUUUUCCCGACCAAAUCAGCAGAACAUGAAGAAACUCCUGUACGCUACAGCAACAGUGAAAUCAGUCACCUAAGACCAAGAGAAGUCUCAACAAUGUUGCAAACAGAGUCUGCAGAAUAUGCUCAGCCCCUGGUGGGGGGAAUUGUGGGCACGCUUCACCAGAGGUCAACCUUCAAACCAGAGGAAGGAAAGGAAGCCAGCUACGCUGACUUGGACCCUUACAGUUCCCCCAUGCAAGAAGUUUACCACGCCUAUGCCGAGCCACUGCCUGUAACUGGACCUGAGUACGCGACUCCGAUAAUCAUGGACAUGUCCAGCCAUCCCAGUGCCCCUCUUGGUGCUCCUUCCAUUUCCACCUUCAAAGCUGCAGGGAAUCAAGCUCCUCCACUGGUUGGAACGUGCAAUAAACUGUUAUCCAGGACAGACAGUGCAUCCUCAGCACAGGCACUGUACGAUAUACCAAAGGGGCAGUCGGGGCCAGGCAGUGCAGACCAACUCAUGUACCAGGUGCCGCAAAGCACUGUGAGUAAGGAUGAACAAAGUUAGCUCAUGAGUCAAGGUAAAAUGAUGGCUUGUUUCUAAAAGCCAGUUCCAUAAAGUUCACAGUUUCACUUUUUAAAUUCCAUUGUUUUGGUAUUGUUAGUCUUAAAUAAUACAACAUUGAACCAACAGAUGUGGUAUGGGAGGUCUGGGAAAACAGUAAUUCUGCUUUUCCUUAAGCUGUAUAUACAAUUAACAGCUUGUCUCCUGCAAAACCGUGGACUUUUUUAUUACUACUGUACAAUUGUCUGCCAGACAUGAGAGAAGAACUCUUCAUGAUUAGCUCCAGUAAUUCAUAGAUGUGAGUGAUAAAUUGGGAGAAACAGUUUAAGUGCAAAAGCCAGUUAUUUCUUCCUAAUGGUACUAUUUCUUGGGGAAAAAAGCCUCACCUCAAUACACAAAGCUCUUAAUUUCUGUGCAAGCACAACAGCUUCUAAAAUUUCCUCUUUUCCUUGUAAAAUGUCUGCACAACUUUCAACUUAACAAGCUACUGUCAGGACUGAUGGAAAAAAUCCCUUUAGCUUCAUGGCAUAAAAUAGUUUUGAUUCUGAA